GUUGGUUAUGAUAAACAGUUCGCGUUAGGUUGAAUAACACAAAACGCUGUGUCGUGUAGGCCCCGAUUUUAAACCAGAGUUAAAAGAGAAACAUGAGUGUUAACACACGAAACGACUGUUCGAUUACCUCCACACGAUGUCAGAAUAUCAAUAAAAUAGAUGACAUCUCUGCUAUCUCGGAACUGUCAAUUCAAUCCACCGGCCAUGCAUCAAACGUGACAGUUUUAAAAAUAAACCCCCGCUAUCUAGCGGACGUGUUGUCGACGCAAGCUGUAUCUAUUUAUCGCGCCAUAUCUCCCUACAACAAUACAGACAAAAUAAAUAAAUGCGUGUGUGCCCGGAUCCGGCGACCCUUCUCGUCGCACGUAAUCCAUUCCAAAAUGUCCGUUUAUUUUUCUAUGUGAGCCGUUCUUAGUAAAAAACAACGCUCGAAUCGACCGAGUACCCGUGCGAGAGGGACAAAACACUCGACGGCCAAGUCGUAGCGGGCGGGGCGCCGCGUCGCGCUACCUCAUUGGCUCUCUCCACGCAGAGCCCGCCGCCCGCGUUCCACGACCAAUCACGCGCUGACUUGACGCUUACGUCCCGCGCCCCGCGAGGCCCAAAAUACCGACCUUUCACGAAUGCCAACCCGAUUCGAUACGACCGAAAAUGCCUUAGUUACUUCACGCGCGCAGUGUUGACUGGUCGCUUUCGCUGACGUUUCCAGCGAAAAUAUUAACGAACUGUUCUCGCGACUCUGAACUUGCGGCCGGUCUGUACGCGGAAUGUGCAUUAUUAUACAUUGUUAACAUACAUCAGCUGAUCGAACCAGCUUGUUUACAGAAUAUCGAGCGGGUGUUGGCGGACUCGUGGCGCGCUCUGUCGGCGAAGAGCGCAGUGCGACAGGCGGGGGCCGGCGGGGCAAGUGGGGCGCGCGGGGAACCUGCUUCCUCCCCCUACUUCAGUUUCGGCAGUGACGUUGUGAAGAGAGGACGUGCCGCUGCGCGCCGUACACAGGAUCGUUCGCGCGCCAACUUUGAACAGUGACAGUGCCCGAAGAGUGUGCAGUGACAUAGAAUGUGUAUCGGAUUGCAGUGCGCUACCAAACGGAUGCAGUGAAUUGGAUCACAAUACUUGGAUUGCAGUGUUUUUUGGAUUUGGAUUUGUACUUUACCAACCAAUCAAACUGGGGAUGCACAAGAUGGAGCUCGGUGACAGCGUGUACGCCGCUGAGCGUAUCAUGAAGAAGAGAAUUAGAAAGAACAAAGUGGAGUACUACGUGAAAUGGAAAGGCUGGAAGCCGAAGCACAACACGUGGGAGCCGGAGGAAAACAUCCUAGACCCGCGACUCAUCCAGAGCUUCGAGCGCGGCGAGGAGCUGAGGCGGCAGGGCAGAAAGCGCGAGCGCGAGGUGUCGCCCGGGGAGCGCGCGCGCAGCGGCUCGGAGGAGCGCCAGCCGCCGCCCGGCAAGCGCAAGGCCGAGGUGCUGUCGCGCGAGUCCGGCAAGAUUGGCGUCACCAUCACCAUGAGCCCGCCCGCCGCCAAGCGCCACCACGACUCCUCCAAGCUGAACGGCGGGCGCACGGCGCACGCAGCGCAGCCCCCGCCGCCCGCCGCGCCCCCCGGCGGCGCCCCCGCGCCCGCCUCGCCCGCCGCGGAGGCCGCCGCGCCCCGCACGGGCCCGCGCCGCGUGCCGCACUCGCCUGAGGAGGCGGACGCGCACACCCCGCCGGAGCGCGAGCGCCGCACCGAGACACAGCCUACUGCAACGGCCCCGGCGGAGCCCAAGGGCGCGCAGCCUCCACCGCCGCCCGCGCCACAGCAACCUGUUGAGGACGAGGACUCGUGGGGCGAAGCACCCGUGACUGUGGCGCCCCCACCUCCACCCCCGCCUGCGCCCCGGCGCGGCGCCGCCUACUGGAUGGCACGGUCUCCGGUCGCAGACCAGAUCUUCAUCACGGACGUGACGGUCAACCUGCAGACAGUUACGAUACGCGAGUGCCGCACGGAGAAGGGUUUUUUCCGAUCUCGUGAGCACCGGCCGCUCGACGUCACGUAGACCCUGCUCCCAGUGAACGUUGGUUAUGAACUUUAUCGGACGAUGUACAGUAAUAGUUAGCUAGUAUUUAUUCAGUUACUACGAAUGUUAAGCCCGCGUAAAAGUGGAAUGUGAAGUCCUUUGUAGGCCUAAUAUGUAAUGAGUCUAGUGUAGUGCUCAUGUACUUGUUUGGGUUUGGGGAAGUGCGAAGUUGAUUGGAGGAAAGGUCUCCUGAUAAAAAGUCUUGUCGUGUAACUUUUGAAACAGAUUUAAUAGAUUAAGUUCUAUCGACCACCUUAAUUAUUAUGUAACAAAUAGACAAAUUGUUGUCAAUUGUUGAAAAUUGAGACUUCUAUAUUUUAUAUGUUAAAUUUAUAGCUGACUGGGUGUACUUCUGUAGAAUAUUUAUCUAUUAUAACAUUCAUAAGAUACCUAAUUUAAUGAACCACUAAUACCUUCAGUGAACCUUCCAUUUAAAAGUUUUGUCUGUAUACCUAAUGCUUUUUUUCUCCUGAAAUGAAUCUCAUAUGAAAUAGCCAAUAAGGGCAUACUCAAACAAAUGUAAUCCCAUUGAUGUAGUGAAUAUUCCUUGGUUUUGUUUUUUCUUUUUAUUAUUAUUGUUGUUGUUAUUUAUGUGAACUUAAUUUAAUGUUAGUUUUUCACUCAAAUUGCAUCCCAGUUUACCUGACAGAAACCUGUUGUUAACUCUAUCUAAAAAAACAACUUCACUCAAAAAGUGUUGCAAUUACAUAAAAUCUCCCUAAAAUAGAGUUAAAACGAUACUUUUCUAUCUGUGUUAAUUUAGACUGUUGGUUUAUAAAAUGAACUGAUUGUUUUUUUUCUGUACAUAUUUCUAUACUACAAAGCUAAUAAGUUAUUUGUAAUAAUUUAAUUUUAAGAUCACAUGAUUCCGAACGCUUUUGUGUUCCUUUUAUUGUUAUUUGGUUCCUUUAAUAUUAAAUGAUAAUAAUAUUAUAGUCCUGAAUGGAUCAUGGAUGGAGUCUCCUAUUAUUUGAGUUUAAUGUAUAUUUUACCUAAGCAUUUGUAUGUGGAAAUGGUUUGUAAAUAUUGUAAAUAAAUAUAAAUUUAGAGCACUUGUUUUAUAAUGUGAUAGUCUCUCACAUAAAUAGUCUGUAAAUAAACGAGAAUGAAUUAGA